CACUUUACUUCGGUAUAUUUACCGCCAAGGUAAGCUUGUUAUCUUCUCGCUCUCGCGCUUCCUUCUGGCAUCAUCGAUGGCCGCCGCGAGGAUUCUUCUCCGCCGUGGCUCCCGCGGCCUCCUCCCGACCCAACCGCCGGCACCCACCCCCGCCGCGGUAACGGCGGCGCGCCUGGUCCCGGCGCAGGCCCAUUCCUCCCAUUCGGAACCCCAGUCCACCAAGACCAAGCGGAUGAAGACCUUCUCCAUCUACCGCUGGAACCCCGACAAUCCCUCCAAACCCCAGCUCCAGCACUACGAGAUUGACCUCGCCGAGUGCGGCCCCAUGGUGCUCGACGCCCUCAUCAAGGUCAAGAACGAGGUCGACCCCUCCCUCACCUUCCGCCGCUCCUGCCGCGAGGGUAUCUGCGGCUCCUGCGCCAUGAACAUCGACGGCGACAACGGCCUCGCCUGCCUCACCAAGAUCUCGUCGGCCGGAUCACCCACGACGAUCACGCCGCUGCCGCACAUGUUCGUGAUCAAGGACUUGGUGGUGGAUAUGACCAAUUUCUAUAACCAGUACAAGAGCGUGGAGCCGUGGCUCAAGCGCAAGGACCCGCCGCCGGUCCCUGGGAAGGAGAUCCCGCAGAGCAAGAAGGAUCGUGCCAAGCUGGAUGGGAUGUAUGAGUGUAUUCUCUGCGCUUGCUGCAGCACCUCCUGCCCCAGCUACUGGUGGAACCCGGAAUCGUAUCUCGGCCCCGCUGCGCUCCUCCAUGCCCACAGGUGGAUACAAGAUAGCCGGGACCAAUACACGAAGGAGCGUCUUGAUGCUGUCAAUGAUGAGUUCAAACUCUACCGGUGCCACACUAUAAAGAACUGUGUUCAUGCCUGCCCUAAGGGACUGAACCCUGCCAAGCAAAUUGAAUCUAUCAAAAAGCUCGAGCUUCAGAAGUAAAUUCCAGGCUUCCGCAUACAACGGCAACUCUUGGUUCAUUGAAAACAUAGCGAAUGUCAAAGUACUGUGAAAUGAAGUAUAGGAUCUUGGACUAGGUCCUCUAAACCGUCUGAUGCUAUCCAAAGAGCGCAUAGUGCAACCUUCAGCUGGAUGGGAUUUUGUUAUGCCAUUUACCGUUGCCUUCAAACCUAACAAGAAAGUUAAAAGGUGGUUGAAACUACUCGAGGUUAGAAAGUGAAGUUGGUUUGGGUAAUGAUAAAGUUGAUUGUGAUGAAUGUGGGCCGGAUAAUAUCUUGAUCAUCGCAAGUCCGGUGAUCCCAUUGUCUACUUGAUCUCCUCUAACACUUGCUUCUAGAGAACAGGUUUGGCACUUUAGCAUAGUUUUAAUGGGGUAGCUUUCAUCGAGGGCAGAGGUGGCUUAUCAGUGCACAGAAAAUAGCUGGCGUUGGAUUAUCUUCUAGUGUUGCAAGUGGAUUGUAUCCCUCGGCAAAAUGAUUACUGUUGAAGCUUGUACCUGGGUUAAUAAAAAGGAACCCUGAUAGAUUACUGUUGAAGAACCCUGAUAGAACCCUGUUGAAGCUUGUAUCCUCUGCCCAUGUCUUUCCAGGCUUAAGAAUUAAUGAUCAAAACAGAAAAUUUAUAUCUUCAAAAAGGGGGAAAAAGGUGCGGCAAUCUGCCUUAGCAUUAGUAGUGUAUAAAUGUGUUCAAUAUCAAGGUUCUUGUGUUAGUAUUGAAUCCCUGCACCGGUAGUUUGACGAUAUGCAUUGGAUUGGUUAGGUGGUGUAUUUGGGGGUGUAUCGAUAGAUGAUGGCACAGCUCAAUUUUUUUAUUUAUCAUUCUUUUCUUCUUGGAGACUUUGAUCGUAAAAAAAAAUUAGUCAUAUUUUGGA